UGACGCAUUGUGCUACUUAGAAGAGGCUGAACACUGGGCAAAGGGAGAUGGCAGUCACCCACAUGCCUUCCAUAGCUUAUCUUUCCACCGCUACUCCCAGUGGUCAUGAGGAAGGACCCUCCACCAAUUUUUACUAUGAUGACAAUGAACCCUGUCGGAAAACGGAUGUGAAGGAGAUUGCAGCCAAGCUCCUGCCUCCUCUCUACUCACUGGUGUUCAUCUUUGGUUUCCUGGGCAACCUGUUGGUUGUCCUCACGCUGAUCAACUGCAAGAAGCUGAAGAGCAUGAGCGACAUCUACCUUCUUAAUCUGGCCAUCUCUGACCUGCUCUUUCUCCUCACUCUCCCCUUCUGGGCUCACUAUGCAGCAGAUGAGUGGGUCUUGGGGGAUGCCAUGUGUAAGCUCUUCACAGGGCUGUAUCAUAUUGGCUAUUUUGGGGGCAUCUUCUUCAUCAUCCUCUUGACCAUCGACAGGUACUUGGCCAUUGUCCAUGCUGUGUUUGCUCUAAAGGCCAGGACUGUCACCUUUGGGGUGGUGACCAGCAUAGUCACCUGGGUGGUGGUCAUACUUGCCUCACUCCCAGGAAUCAUCUUUACCAAAUCCUACGAGGAAGAUUUUCGAUUCUUUUGUGGCCCUCAUUUUCCAGUUGGGUGGAAGAAUUUUCAUACAGUUAUGAGGAGCAUCCUGGGCUUGGUGCUACCACUUCUGGUAAUGACUAUCUGCUACUCAGGAAUUCUCAAAACCUUGCUUCGAAGCCGGAAUGAAAAGAAGAGAACCAAGGCUGUGAGACUCAUCUUCAUCAUCAUGAUCAUGUACUUCCUUUUCUGGACCCCCUACAACCUCGUCCUGCUUCUGAACACCUUCCAGGAAUUCUUUGAGCUGAGUAACUGUAGUAGUACUAAGCAGCUGGACCAGGCCAUGCAGGUGACAGAGACUCUGGGAAUGACACAUUGCUGCAUCAACCCCAUCAUCUAUGCCUUCGUUGGGGAGAAAUUCAGAAGAUACCUCUCUGGAUUUUUCCGCAAGCACAUCGCCAAGAACCUAUGCAAACAGUGCCCCAUUUUCUAUAGAGACACAGCAGAUAGGGCAAGUUCCACGUACACACCCUCCACUGGGGAGCAGGAUGUCUCGGCUGGUCUAUAA